AUGGAAGCCAGUGCUCGCACUGCCCUGUAUCCUCAGCACCGCUGCAAAAACAUAUAUCUUGUGAGGCAUGCUCAGGGUAUUCAUAAUGUGGCAGGCGACAAGGAUCAUAGCGCCUACAUGUCGCCUACUCUGCUUGAUGCUCACAUUACCCCUUUGGGCUGGAGCCAAAUUGAUUGCCUCCGAGAGCAUGUCAGUGAAUGUGGACUAGCAAAAAAGGUUGACUUGGUUAUUGUUUCCCCUCUUCUGAUCUUCUUGACUAUACAAACUGCGGUGGGGGUCUUUGGGGGCAACUAUACUGAUGGGGUAAGUGCAUCAUCAUCAAUGGUAGAAGGUGUUGGACACGGCGGACGUCAGGCGAUUACAAGUUUGAAGUGCCCACCAUUUCUUGCAGUUGAGGCUUGCAGGGAGCGCUUGGGUGUUCAUUCCUGUGACAAGAGGAGCAGCAUAACAAAAUACCGUACUCUCUUUCCUACCAUUGAUUUUUCACUGAUAGAGAAUGAUGAAGAUGUUCUUUGGGAACCCGAUGUAAGAGAAUCAAAUGAGUCUGUUGCUGCCAGGGGCAUGAAGUUCAUUGACUGCUGGCCUGAGAUGGACAACGACAUCUCAUCGUGCAACAAGGAGGGAUAUGAAUUGAGGAAGCAGUUUUUAUCAUACUUGUUAAACCAUCGCGGGAAUGAAGCUAAAGGAAACUUACCGGAUAUUGUGAAAGAAUUUUUUAAGCGCAUCGUCUAG